GAGAGCAAGCUAGCCACCUAGAAAUUAAGGUUGUGUUUUAUCUCUGUCGCUCGCGCGUGGUGGCCGUCGGAGCGCGAAUGGGAUGUCAAAUGCAAUUUCGGCCAUCAUAACCAUCUUUUCUUUCUUGUGCAACUGUUUCUCUUCGGCCGUGUUCUAGUGCAAACGCAGGAUGGACGCCAUUCGCGCGAGAUAAGUUUUCCGUUCGCUGGAGAAGCGAUAGUGACAAGUGCAUACGCUGCGUGCCGGGUUUGGAGCUAUGCUAUAGUGGUGUGGUCGUGUCGGUGAUCGGCCUGGCGCCUGGUUCAUUGUGGAGUGGUGCGGCGGCGUGUGGAAGGCCCGCGCGGGAGCUCCGCGGCAGGCAUGGCGGGCGCGAGCUGAGCGGCCCUGGCGUGUGGCGCUCCGCCGCCGGCCCGAUGAGCGGGGCAGGCUUCCUACGGCGGAGGUUAUUUUAUGGGUAUUUGCGUGAGCUGCCGGCGCCGCGACCUGCAGGCUCCCGAAAAACGGGCUGGGGGCGCGGGCGGAGGCCGAGUGCCCGGUAAGGGCGCCACGGCCGAGCUGCUCCCGCGCCGUGCGGACCCCGCCAUGGCCAACUCCAUAUCCAACAUCAAGAUGACCAACCCUAUCAAGGGCAUCGUCAGCAAGCGCCGGAAACGGUACAUCAAGGACGGCUUCAACCUGGACUUAGCCUACAUAACAGACAGGCUGAUAGCGAUGGGAUUCCCCGCGGAGAAGCUGGAAGGAGUCUACAGAAACCACAUUGACGAGGUGUACAGGUUCCUGGAACAGAUGCACAAGGAUCACUACAAGAUAUACAACCUCUGCUCGGAGAGGUGCUACGACUCUAGCAAGUUCCACGGGCGGGUGGAACGAUACGCGUUCGAGGACCACACGCCGCCGAAGAUGGAGCUGAUACAGCCGUUUUGUGAGGACGUGCACAACUGGCUGAGUCUCGACCCGCGCAACGUAGCCGCCGUGCACUGCAAAGCGGGGAAGGGCCGCACCGGUACCAUGGUGUGCUGCUAUCUAUUAUAUAGCGGGCAAAAAGCUACAGCGGACGAAGCCCUCAAAUUCUACGGAACUAAAAGAACGCACGACGAAAAAGGCGUGACGAUUCCGUCACAGCGUCGCUACGUGGAAUACUACGCGGCUUUAGUCCGCUCGGGGCUCCAGUACCGAGCCCCGCGCCUGCACAUCCGCGAGCUGCUGAUGUGGCCGCCGCCGCACAACAACGGGACGUCGCACACGCUCGAGCUGGCCGUAAGCCAGGCCGAGCCACCGCUUAAGGCGCCAGCCGGCUCCCACGAAGUCCGUCGCCAUGAGAGCCACAUCCGCGUCGUCCUCGACCAGUGCACACCGCUACACGGGGACGUGCGCGUCGACGUGUACAACAAGCCCAAGAUGAUGAUGCGCAAGGAGAAGCUCUUCCACUUCUGGUUCAACACAUUCUUCGUGGCCAACUGCGUCGGCGCUGUCAGGAUACCGCCGCCCGCUGACAGCAUGAACCUCGAGACGUAUAAGCUGACGUUGAACAAGUGGCAGCUGGACGACGCGCACAAGGACAAGCAGCACAAGCUGUACAGUCCCGACUUCAAGGUGGAGCUGGUGGUGCAGAAGCAGCCGGACAGCUCGCGGUUCAGCGCGUGCGCGCGCGCGCCCGCCUCCCCCCCCUCGUCCCCCUCCAGCGACGACGACCACGACAGCCACUGGGACUCCGGUGAGCACUAUCCCCUCCCCGCCGCCCGCAUGGACGUCGACCACGUCUUCCAGCCCUUCCAGGCGGACCUGCCGGACCUGCCCGACCUGCUGGACUCCCGGAACAAAAAAUGCAAGCACCGGGUCCCGCUCGACGGGCCCGGCAUCUUCACCCGAGACGGAUACAUGUUGAUAGACAGAUCGAGGCCGCAGAAGGACUUUCUGCGCCUCUCCGAUCCGCAGGGGCACAAGUGUGACGCGGAAGUAGGUAAAUGUACCCGGUUGUCGGAUCCUACCGGCUCCCGGAAAGGGAAACAUAUGGGGACGGUCACCAAGGACGGGUAUAUGUUAGUGGACGCGACCCCCCGCCAGCCGCACCUCCGACCCGCCGAGCAUAAAAUAGUGAACGAAGCCACGGGGCUCCUCGCCUCGAACGUCGUCAGCAACGCCGAAGACGACUAUAUGGAGUUUUCGGCCACCGACGGCCAGAUGAAACCCGUCGAAGUAGAGUCGAAAAUGUCGACCUUCAACGAGGAUUACUACUUGUGUUCCGAAGUCAUGUCGAGCGCGAGGAGCGACCCUUGCGACGUGAAAAGCGGACAAUUAAACGAUAUAGAUAGUAAAUCGUCCGACGACAGUUCGGAAGCGAUUCAACUCGACUCGAAUUCGAGUCAAGCCAAAACCGAUAAAUCUGGCAAGAAUAAGAAACAUUCGUUUUUCAAAAGGGACGAUUAUAAAAACGAUAAGGGUAAAAUACCUAAAGUGUCUUCGGAUCAUACGAUAUCGGACGAUUCGAAGAAAAAGUACACGUUCUUCCAAAAGCGAGACGACGAAGGUACGAAACCUCGGCUCUCUCUCGGAGAUAUGAGGGCCUCUUGGAGGGAAUUUAGCGGCAAAUGGUCGGAGAACAGAAAGAAAAAGGACAGAGAAGAUUCUUGAGUAGUGUCUUGAGAGAAAGGGACUCUUAACAGGUUAGAUGGACUGAUGAUGAAGUGCCGAUAAAAAGUCGCAUUAGGACCUGUACAACUCAAAAAUCGUUAUAAAGUAGGAUACACAUGUGCGGUUAUAAUGUUGUAGUUGUUGAGUGAAUUCUCGGCUUAGGCCGCUUUUGAGCGGUCUAUAACAUUACUAGGGGUAUUCCUAAGUUUACGUCGAGUGCUAAAUCUUUGGAGGACGUUACAUAUACAGGCCAUUUAAAGAUAAAUGUAAUGAGUUUUUCUAAAGAAUUUAGAUGAUGCAUAUUGGUGCUGAUUACAGUAAAUACCAUCCGAGUUUAUUUUAAUCUAUAUCUGUCAUUAUCUUAUCCGCCGAAAAGGAAAGGGACGUGAAAUCGACAGGCAUAAAAUUUAUAGAACACAUGUCAAUUUAAGGCAGAAAUUUAAAAAAACCAUUGGCCAAUAUCCCGACAGAAUUAAGUUGACAGUACACGUCAAACGGAGUGCAUAUGAGCGAGAUGGCUAUUUUAUUUGCCCGUUAUCCGUCCCUUUUCUAUUUGGCGGAUAAGAAAACGACAGGUAUAAAUUAAAAUAAAAUUAAGUGUGCAGGAAUCGGGGCCUAUAAUGCGAUUUUUUUCUUAUGUUUGGAUUUUGUACCGCAAAAUAUCCGUUGCAUACAGUGUAGACACAAUAUAAUGUUACUAAUAUAACAAGUACGAGAGAGAGAGCAUCAUCGUUCUUUCUCACUCACACUCGUGUAACGCGCGUUUUCGAGAUACAAUAGUGUCUUCAGCACAAUACAUACAAAAUUAAUUCUAUAUCAUUUAAAUUGUAGUUUUAAAUGGUCGUAUGUUGUAACGUUCGCCUCAUUAGGUUCUAUUUAGUUAACGAUUUAGAUAAUGGGUCUUUGUUUGUGUGCAGCCGAUAUGUUGAUUUAUAAACGCUGGUGAUUUUGAUAAUAAUGGCUCUGACAAAUUUUCAAAAUAUCUCAAUUUUUACUAUUUAAAAGUCGAACGUGUUACAGAAAGCUUUAAUUUGUAAUUAAAUAAAAGUAUCUUGCAAAAAAAGUCGACACGAAAGGGAAAUCGACAAAUUGGUUAUUCACACACACUUCAGUGUGAUAUAUGUUCGGAAUUGGGGUAGGCAGAAGUACAGUAAUCAUGUUGAAUUAUGUACCCACGCCUCACCGAGCUUUCUAUCAGACCAACACUACUGGUACUGUAGUGUUUUCUGCAAAUUGUCGGUACAUAAUGAUUUUAACUCUUAACAUUUUCGGAAACUUCUACUGAGUUUUAACACAGUGUUACAUGGUUCAAUAAACUUCGAAUGUACGAAUAGUCUGCAAUUUUUUCAAUACUAUUUAUUAAAAUCACCUAUUUUCUAAAUCAAUCAAUCGGUGGCAAUACAAGACCAACUGGGCUGCAAAGUCCAUGUAUAAUGUAUAUAAAUAGUUUACUUAGAUACAGUUAUAUAUUUCGUUAGAGGGGAGGCGAGCUAGACACGUACUUGAUCUCUCGAAGCUGAUAGCGACAUAGGAACACGACGAAAUGCCUGUUUUUCGCAUCCGGGUCAACCAGAGUGCACGCUAUUUACGUAAAUACGACAUGUAUCGCGAUGGUUGAUGUAAAGAAUCAGCGUAUGCUGCCUAAAGCGUGUGUAAUGUAGAAGCGGUGUACGUGGAUUUCUAUCGAAGCGGAGCGAAGCGAAGAUGUGCUGUAUUCGACUCAACCACCGUGGGGGGAGACCGACAGAGCGUCUUCUCUCUCACUCUCUCGCACACUGUGGUUGGUGGAUUUGGGAUGUCUCCGCUCCGCUCCGCUUCAAUAGAAAUGCACUCUAAGGCACAGAGUAAAAGGUACUUUCCACGUAAACAGCACGUCAUGCGCAUCCUAUUGUCAACUGGCGAUUGCUUGCAUCUUCAGAACGGCAACACCGCAAGGCGAACGCAUGACGAUUCGGAGAUGCGACGUUGCCGUUCCGAAGAUGCAAGCUAUCGACAAUUAUUGGCGACAGCGUGCGCAUUUCAUGCGGUUUACGUGGACAGUAGGCCUAAGUAGAUAAACACGCAGCGUCUAUUGGUCGAAGCUUGCGACAUGUAUCGCGUCUACUUCAGUAGCGAGCGCUUUACUGCCGGGGCAAAUACAGGCAUUAUGACCUUAUAGGUCAUUAUGAUACGUAUACGCAUGCGGGCUAAUUUGCAUGACACUAAACCGGCACUAGAUGCGAAAGUGUUCAAAGACAUGCCUUGAAUCUUUGUGAUAUCCUUGUUAACAGCACAAGCGAAUUUAGGCGACUUUCAGUUCAUUUGUCAUAGUGUUAGGGAAAAUUCGACAUCAACUAUGAUAGAUAUUUUUACUCAGAACGAAAGUUUUUGUAGGAUAUUUCUGUCUAAAAAAAGUGUCUUCGCUAAGCGUUUUCUUAGGCAUACUUCUUAAAUGAAAGUUUGGAUGUCGAAAGAAAUCCUAUAUUUUAAACAAUUAUCGAAUACGUAGAAAUUAGAUCUGUUGAAACGUUGAAAGGAACGAUUGUUGUGGGUGAACAGGUGUGGUGAUAUUUUUUUAAUAAGAAUAGAAAAUGACUCUUGAAUAAGCUACGGAGAGUAAUUUGUGACCUAUUCAUAACACCGUAAUUUUAUUUUCGACUGAUCUUUCAUCACGGUGUAUCGUCAAGCGUACUUACAUUCUAUUUUUAUGGGAUUUCUUAAAUAUCUGAUUAUUUAAUUCAAAAUUGGAGCCGAUUCUAGCUUUUACCAAAAAUUUACUUUUACUUUUUUAUAAAAUUUUCAAUUCAUUUUGCACUACGUUCGAUAACCAUAUAUCAAAUCAUAAAUAUUUACGAAUCGAAACAUUUAUUUCAAAUGAAUAUUUUAUCUAAUAUUAAAUGAAUUUGUGAAAGCCAUUCUCAAUUUAAAUUUUCUUCGACAAUUCUAAAAGUAGCUCUAUCCCUUUCUUACAUUCAUUGUAUGUGAAUGAAGACGCUAUUUUUAGAGCUGUUAGACUUAAAAAAAGUUUUGUCUCCUGCAAUCGGCGCAAUGAUCAGCAUAAUUAAGGAAUUCUAUUCUCAUAGAGUGUAUUUAACCAGACGCGUCCCUGGCGUUAGUGGACUAUUGAGAGCAUACAUAUUAUGUCAUUCCCGUUAACCCGUUAAUAGACAUUCGCUUUCAUAGAUAUUCUUUAAUUUCUAGUAUCGUGCAAUUCUCAAACGGAAAAUUAAAUCGAAAAAAAAAACUGACUCGAACUCUCUUAGUGAGUUUCCCUAACCACAGAUGAGUAAAAAAUCGUGUAAUUCUGUUAGUCAGUUUUGACUGAUGAUGAAGAAUAAUAAUAGUAUUUAUUAUAACACUUUAUUGCACAUACAUUCACAAGACAUUUACAGGAAAACUCGAAAUAAUUUAAUGAUUCUAAAUAUAAAUAUACCUUUAUAGUUUCAAGCACAGAAUAAUGUAACUAAUAGAUUUUCGUGGAAUUCUAAGCUUUUUUCUAUCGUGUGGGUUGUAAGGUCAACGGCCGACCUCACCCUGGUGUCAGGUUAUUCUCACUCGCCAUCACACGAGUCAGUCAACAGAUUUGUGACACCAAACAAAUAAUUUGGAUUCAUUCCAAAGAGGAAGCGAAGUUUAUCGACACGAAAAAGAUUUUUUUGUAACAUCUACUUCUUAUGACAAUAAAAUUUGAGAGAAAGAGCCAAGAUAUUAUCCGGUAUUAUUAGAUCUACCAAAGUACAGAAGGCAGUGUUGUGACGUUCUUUAGUACAGUGAUGUAUCAGUCCAUGGUAUAAGAAAACCAGGUAUGCUCAAAAAUGACAGCUAAUAUGUCAAGGUUAGCCCAGCUGGCGUCAUUCAUUCCACUAUGCGUUGCCAUUUUGUAAAAAAAUUAAUUACCCACGACCAAUGUAUGUUGUUUUAUAUUUACAAGGAUAUUUUGAACUUUUAGUAAAAGAUUUACUUACAGUUUUAAUUAUUACAUUGGUGCUAAUUCCUGUAAAUACCAUCUAAUUUUAUUUUAAGUUAUAUCUGUCAUUUUCUUAUCCGCCGAAAAGGAAAAGGACGGGUAAUCGACAAGCAUAAAAUUUAUGGAACACACGUCAAUUUUAAGCACAAAUCUAAACCAACCGUCUAAAAAUUUUACAUCCGUCAAUAACCCGAUACAGUUAAGUAGACAGCACGUCAAACGGAUUGCAUACCAGCGACGUACCUUUUGAUUCGCCCGGGUUAUUCAUUCAUUUACUCAUUCUUCCUAAAAUUAAGAGCUGUGAAUCAUCCGUCCCUUUCCUUUUCGACGGAUAUGAAAAUGACGGAUAUAACUUAAAAUAAAAUUAGGCGGUGUCUGCAGGAAUCGGGGCCAUUAUAUCAGUAAUUCACUUAACUUUCAAUAAUAAAAUUUACAUCCUUGGAAUGUUGGAGAUACCAAUUUAAUGGUAACACAUACGUCAUUAAUGAGCUAGUAAUGGCGGCUUGUCAUAGGGUUGAGCAUACCUGGUUCUCUUAUACCAUGUAUCAUUCGAGAUUAGGUCAAUCGAUCCUGUUUUACAUACAUACUUACACCAGUCUGUGAUGUGGGUAUAACCACUUGUAAUCAGGACUUGUAGACACUGGCAGUGAUAGGUAUGCUCGCAAUAGUCCGCGGCUCCGGGCGCGUGGGCGCGUGGUCCGUGUGGUGACGUGGUGUGGUGUUGCGCAGGCGCGCCGGUGGAGCGCGUGGGCCGCUACCGCCAGCUGUCGCCCGAGCACGCGCCGCACACGUAACUAUCCCACCACCGUGUACGCACUCUUGUGAGCUUCACGACCCGCGCUUGGCUGUGUCGACACCAUCGAUAGGCUGACAGGGACACCAUGCUGCUGACAUUACCGGACAGGAUUUCGAUAUUUAAGUCCCUAAAGUCAUUGUUUAGCUAUUGUGUAGGUUUGAAAAUCUAAUACCGGGUGAGAGCCUUCAGCGCUCCGCAUUUGUCCGGCCAAGUAGUUAAUGCCAUCAGCAAAUCUACAAUAAGUCACGUCAAAAAAAAAAGUUUCAAAAUCCUUAUGCCAUGUACACAAGGCAACAAUUGACGCGCAACGCGUGACAAAUAAUUACAAGUAAAAGAUAAACAUACGACUAUAUUCCCAAUUGGGCUGGUUGGUCUCAACGUGAUAGUUGGUGACCCGUAUUGCAGAUAUUAUGUAGAUAAAUCAUGUGCAUUCGACGACUAUUUACUAAUUAUAUAAAAUAUCGAAAUACUGUCCAUUCCUAAGCCAACCAUGCUUCUCACGACUGUUUGAUAUAAUCGCAUUAUUUUUAUUUCAGCUCCUAAACACUGUCUUGUGUCAAUAUUAUGUUUUUCUCUGUGUAUAACUCUGCUUUUAUCAUGUGCAUGCUUUAAUAAAUGUAUGUAAGAUUGCUGUAAGGCUGAUUUCUACUUACAAAGAAAAAAAGAAG